AUGCUAGCCUGUUAUCCACGACGUCAACACGCCAACUCAUCUAGUCUCCCGUCGCCAACCUCUUCGCACUUCAACUUCCUCUCCAACCUCCACAACCAAGACUCCGUCCCCUCGCCUACCGAACUUCAAAACGACAGGCUGCUCCGCAACUACUUUCAGCAGCAGUCGUCCACCUCCAGGCCCGACGCAAAUCAGUUCGCCGAUCAGUACAUGACGGGCUCUUACGACUUCUCCAAUCCAUCCAUUCGGAUACAGCAGUCGACCCCAGGCCCGCAGCUGCCUGCCACAUACAACUUGAUGAUGGACAACGGUGCUAACGCACUGGGCUGGGACUUUGCGAACAACGGCCAGUUGACCACUGGUCCCUCGACAUUGCACUCUUCCGCAAUAAACAACAGCCGUCGCACACACCAGCGCUCGCCCUCAUCAUCAACCAACGCCUCGACCAUCUCCGCCACUUCCGCUUACAACCCUGCCUUCCACUACUACCCUAACUCCGAGCAACAUCCGUCUACACCACAGGCUCCCAAGGUUGAGUCAUCAUACAACGCCGAAGAUAUCUCUGGCACCUUCUCCAACCAUCUCCCUACUCCUUCACAUACUCCGACCCAAGACACCUUCAACAACAACAACAACUACUCAACCUUCAACAACAUGAACGUCCACGACGGAGGCAUGGCAGCACAUAUGGCCAUGAAGCAGGCAUUGAUGGACCAGCACCAUCAGGUCGGGAACGACGGCAGCUGCCCCGACUUCGGACACUCGUCCCGGCAGUCCGUCUCCAGCUAUGGCGCCGACUCUCCAGCUACUCCUCACAAUGCCCAGGAAGACAACUUCAGCGACGACCGGUUUAAGGUGCCUUCCAAUGGUGAGAAAUCCUACCCGCGGGUUGAGACCUGGAUCGAUGAAUACUUACAAUUCCCCGAUGAUCCAGAUAUGCGGCCAGUGCCCAAGCUUGACCGCACAAUGACAGACAUCUACGCAGAUGAGCUGUUCAACCCAAAUGCCAUGGUGGCAGCACCGGCCAAGCAGUCGUCGCAGUCUUCCAACAACACGGCUCUUCUGUCUCCUUUCCGGAAUGUCAUGAACGACAGGUUGCAGGCAGCACACCAAGCCCGCUCCCAGUCGCCGGCCAGCACCCUGUCGCGCGGUGUUUCCCCAUUCAGGCAGGGCUCGCCACUCGCGCCCCCCAGCAACUCGUUUGCCUCUCCGCAGGUCCGGCUAGGCAGCGCUCAGCAGCUGCGUGAGCAGCAGAAGGCCGAGUCUGACGCGUACGCUCUCCAGCGCAGCCAGCGCCAGCCGGACAUGUCCGAGCCCAAGACCAUCUCGCCCAAGGAUGCGCUGCUGGACUACCACGAAUCAGAGGAGGACUCGAAGAUGCCACUUUUCCCCGACGCCAGCGGAAGCGACUACGACCACUCAUACACGAGUGGCGACCAGGCGCACUACGACGGCUCUUCCGAGGUGUCAUAUGGCAGCACAGCCACAAGCCAGGCGGGUAGCUGGUCCGGGCAGGCGACAGCGAAUUUUCCAUCAGUUUCCGGGCCGUCGCCACCGCAGUCGAACUUCAACUUCGUGGCUCCCUCGGUGCCGAGCGUGAUGGCUGGUCUCAGCUUCACCAACACGGCGACGCCGUACCGCUCAGUCACCAGCAUUCCGGCCUCGGGCCAGGACGAGAACCCGCAGUUCCACCCUCAGCUUACAUCGAUGGACUCGAGCGCCAGCGAGAUGCCAGAGUCGUCGCAGGCCAGCAACGACGACAGCAGCACGCCGGUGCAGCGGCCCGACAACUCGCACGCCGACACGGGAACGUACACCUGCACGUACCACGGGUGCUCCCUGCGUUUCGAGACGCCGCAGAAGUUGCAAAAGCACAAGCGCGACGGGCACCGGCCGCACGUAGCGACUCCUGGAGUGGGAUCCGGGAUGACGUCAGCCCAGCUUUUGGCUCGCAACUCGCAAGCGGGCCCUCACAAGUGCGAGCGCGUCAACCCGACGACGGGCAAGCCGUGCAACACGAUCUUCUCGCGGCCCUACGACCUGACCCGUCACGAGGACACCAUCCACAACGCCCGCAAGCAGAAGGUGCGCUGCGCGCUGUGCGUCGAGGAGAAGACGUUCAGCCGCAACGACGCCCUCACCCGGCAUAUGCGCGUCGUGCACCCUGAGGUCGACUUCCCCGGCAAGCACCGCCGGCGGGGCGGCGGCAGCUCCUACGAGUAG